AUGCAGGACGAGCCGCAGCAGGAGGAGCAGCAGCAGGAGGAGCCGCAGCAGGAGGAACCGCAGCAGGAGGAGCCGCAGCAGGAGGAACCGCAGCAGGAGGAACCGCAGCAGGAGGAACCGCAGCAGGAGGAACCGCAGCAGGAGGAUCCGCAGCAGGAGGAUCCGCAGCAGGAGGAAACGCAGCAGGAGGAUCCGCAGCAGGAGGAACCGCAGCAGGAGGAUCCGCAGCAGGAGGAACCGCAGCAGGAGGAUCCGCAGCAGGAGGAUCCGCAGCAGGAGGAGCCGCAGCAGGAGGAACCGCAGCAGGAGGAGCCGCAGCAGGAGGAUCCGCAGCAGGAGGAUCCGCAGCAGGAGGAACCGCAGCAGGAGGAACCGCAGCAGGAGGAACCGCAGCAGGACGAACUGCAGCAGGAGGAACCGCAGCAGGAGGAACCGCAGCAGGACGAACUGCAGCAGGAGGAACCGCAGCAGGAGGAACCGCAGCAGGAGGAACCGCAGCAGGAGGAUCCGCAGCAGGAGGAUCCGCAGCAGGAGGAAACGCAGCAGGAGGAACCGCAGCAGGAGGAACCGCAGCAGGAGGACCCGCAGCAGGAGGAUCCGCAGCAGGACGAACUGCAGCAGGAGGAACCGCAGCAGGAGGAACCGCAGCAGGACGAACUGCAGCAGGAGGAACCGCAGCAGGAGGAACCGCAGCAGGAGGAGCCGCAGCAGGAGGACCCGCAGCAGGAGGAUCCGCAGCAGGACGAACCGCAGCAGGAGGAACCGCAGCAGGAGGAUCCGCAGCAGGAGGAACCGCAGCAGGAGGAACCGCAGCAGGAGGAGCCGCAGCAGGAGGAGCCGCAGCAGGAGGAACCGCAGCAGGAGGAACCGCAGCAGGAGGAACCGCAGCAGGAGGAUCCGCAGCAGGAGGAUCCGCAGCAGGAGGAACCGCAGCGGGAGGAACCGCAGCGGGAGGAACCGCAGCGGGAGGAGCCGCAGCGGGAGGAUCCGCAGCGGGAGGAUCCGCAGCGGGAGGAUCCGCAGCGGGAGGAACCGCAGCGGGAGGAACCGCAGCAGGAGGAACCGCAGCAGGAGGAGCCGCAGCAGGAGGAGCCGCAGCAGGAGGAACCGCAGCAGGAGGAGCCGCAGCAGGAGGAACCGCAGCAGGAGGAACCGCAGCAGGAGGAACCGCAGCAGGAGGAUCCGCAGCAGGUUACUGUCAGACGUUGCUGA